UCGGCACGAUAUCGUGGCGAUCGCAUCAUCGUCAUCGUCGUCGUCGUGUCAAGGUGACCAGCGAGAUCGCGUCUGAAUUCUUCGCGUGUUCCGGAGCCAGAACAGCAGGAACCGGAGUUCGACCGCGCGGGAGGAGCCAGCAGUGCGCCGAAUAAAUGACGUAAAUCCGAGGAACGGAAGCGCAACGUCACUCGCUAACUUGCAAUCCUCUCCUUCCCCCCGGUCCCCCCUGCCCUGCCCUACCCUUCCCCCCCGGGAACCCCCCUUCCCUCUCUCUGUCUCGCCAUUUCCGUGCCUGUCCCCUCCUCCUGUCAUCCCUGGAACCCUCCCUCUUCUGUACGGGUCCGACCCCGACACGACCCGAAGAACCUCAGGCACGACCCGGCCGCCGGACCUUUGCCCUCUCUUGUCGCCUGUACGCCCGCUUUGUCGCCCGCCGUCUUCACGUGCUUACAACACCACCACCACUACCACCACCACCCUCUUACCGCCCCUACUCGUCGUCAUCGCCUUCGUUACGAUUCUCUUCGCACGCUUCUUCUUCGGCGUCGAACAGCCAUCGCCUUCACCACCUCCUCCUCCAUCGAAGUUUGCAUCCAGUCCACGAAAUUUCGAAAUAACCGAUUCGCACGUCGCCGUUCCUCCCGGCUCCGGCAGGACGGCGCGUAAGGGUUUCCUCCACCUUUUUACGCACGGAACAGCGGCCCUUCCUUCUUCCCCCUUCCCCCCUCCAUCUCCUGCUUCAUCAGCAGCACCGGCAGACCGCCGUGGUGAACGAAUACAGUUGUUCUGCACCAGCUCCUUCGCUGUACGACUACCACCGUCGUUCUAACUCCCUCCAGUAGACUCGCCGCCGCGAGACACACGCGUUGGUUUGAAACCGGCUUGAAGGACGCCACGACCGGCUUUUCGACACACGCAUACGUAGGCCAACGGAUAUACAUACAUACACACAUAAACACACGUGCGCUCCAGUACACCCUCAGCGGCGACCAACUGCCUGUGUGUGCAUAAAGGAAAGGAGAUACUCGUGCAAAAGCGCGCGCGCGUCUUGAGAGCACGUUCUUCUUGGUCGACGUUUAGCUUCGGAGGCUUUCAAGCUUUGCCCAACUACCACUACUACUUAUAUCGCUGCUUCUACUACCACCAUCAUCACCACGACCACCACUACUACGCCCAGACUAUACAGCUUCUCAAGUGCGGCGUGCUGCAAGAUCAAGGAAGGACAGAGGAAAUAGAGUGAAUGAGAGGAGUCGAUAGACGAGAUCGACGACUUACGACGUCGCCUUUAUCACGAAGCCAAGAGAGUAGCGACCGCCAUCUCGCCUAAAAUCGACUGGUGCCUAAUCGCUGUCGAUAUAUAGCUUCACCUUUCUCGCUUCUUCUCUUUUCACGGUGGGAUAUCUUUCCAUCCUGUCCUCCCUCUCGCCUCAGUAUAUAUUCAGCUUUUACACCCUCCCGGAGAUUAUCGAGGGCGGGAAACGUGUGUGUUAUCGCCACUAUCGAAAUAUCGGCCUACGAGAGUAAAAGAGUUUCGUGAAAUCUCAAGCCAUCGACGACGACGCCUAAGUUGGCUGCUGCCGCGUUCCUCGUCGCGAAACGACGAGAUCCGACAUCAGGCAAUAGAAAGAGAAGCAACCCCGACAAGUCACACUCGAAACAGCCGACGUUGCUAUUAAACGCGAGUCUUUGCGAGACUAUUCGACGUAUCGCCGCGACGACAACGGUGGCGAGAGCCAAGUGCGAUUUCGAGGUGAGGAAGAACGAAAUCGCGAAACGCAGUGAUCUCCCACGCGGAAAAUCUACGCACAGGAAGACAUCCGCGGGUCAUCGCGUACAUGGGACACUAAAAUCAUCGCAUCGCGCUUAAACGAGAGAUCUUCUGUCGUAAGUCGACGCGAGUGCACGCGACCGGGAGCCGAUCAUCACGAGGAAGAGUUUAGAAGAGAGUCCGGAUUAUUACUCUCUCACGGUAGAGGCCAACGGACGUGGACUCUCUCAGUCUUCCAAGAGUGGAAGAAUGGCAAUGGUCAGCAUGAACAACCUACUGAACGGCAAGGACUCGCGAUGGCUGCAACUGGAGGUUUGCAGGGAGUUUCAGCGCAACAAGUGCACCAGGCCCGACACGGAGUGCAAGUUCGCCCAUCCGCCGGCUAACGUCGAGGUGCAGAACGGACGGGUGACCGCCUGCUACGACAGUAUCAAGGGCCGGUGUAAUCGAGAGAAGCCACCUUGCAAGUAUUUCCAUCCCCCACAGCAUCUGAAGGACCAACUCUUGAUAAACGGGCGUAACCACUUGGCGCUGAAAAACGCGCUGAUGCAGCAGAUUCAGCAGGGCCUCACGCCGGGUCAGCCUCUCGUGCCCGGGCAGGUACCCACAGUGGAGGCACCAGCACCUCCGGCACCACACCAUCACCUUCAACAGCAAAUCCAGCAGCAACUUCUCGCUACCCACGCCUUUAUGGCGACGAAUCCGUACCUGACCGGUAUGCCGCAGGUUGGCAAUACGUACAGCCCGUACUUCGCGCCCAGCCCGAUAAUGCCGGCGAUAAUGGGUCCGGCGGACCCAACGGGCGUCGGCAGUCCGCUCGGCGUGGUGCCGCAGACAGUGGCGAUGCCGCAGAAGAUGCCACGUACCGACCGCCUCGAGGUAUGUCGCGAGUUUCAACGCGGGGCGUGCAAACGCGGCGAGACGGAGUGCCGGUUUGCGCACCCCCUCGAGACGGUGCAGGCGAACGAGGACGGCUCUGUGACGGUCUGCAUGGACGCUGUCAAGGGCCGAUGCAAUCGGGACCCCUGCCGCUAUUUCCACCCCCCUCUGCACCUACAAGCCCACAUUAAGGCCGCACAAUCUCGGGCUAGCAUUGCGACGGCGACGAUGCCGACGAACGUGACGGGAAUGGGUACGUUGGCUGGCGGAGUGUCAGGAGUGCCGGCAACUGCGAUGCCCGGAGGACUUCAGAGCGCCGGUAUGGCGAGCAUCGAGCUCGGCAAGAAGCGGAUGCGCGACUCCAAUGAUGAUCUGCUAAUGGUACCACGGCUUAUGCAUGAAAUGGACAUGAAGUCUGUCGGGUCGUUCUACUACGAGAACUUUGCCUUCCCAGGGAUGGUUCCGUAUAAACGACCGGCGGCCGACAAGUCCGGCGUGCCGGUCUAUCAGCCUACUGGUGCGACGACCUAUCAGCAGUUAAUGCAGCUGCAGCAGCCCUUCGUGCCUGUGUCAUGUGAGUACACUGGAACACCACCCCUACCCACCCAAACCUCUAACCAAUCGGUCGUGCAACCCUCGAACGUGCAAAGCAACCAUCACGCGAUGGUGGUGCAAUCCUCCUCCUCCCAGGGAGCCGCUGGCGCCACAGUCAAUAACUGCGCCGACGCCAACAGUGGCGUGCUGAUGGAUCCCUGCAACAAUCCGCCGCCGCCACCUCCGACCGCUGACAAUAACAGUAACAAUAGUAACGGCAGUAACAAGCAGCCGGUUACCUCGCAGAAUCACGAUGUCGAAAAUGCGCGCAACUCCCCCGAAUUGAAUCACUCGAGUCCGUCGUUGUUGCAACAACAACAACAGCAACAACAGCAACAGCAGGUGCAGCAACACCAACACCAACACCAACACCAACAGCAACUUAAUCAGUUGGCGCUACCGUCUGCGAUGAGUCCUUUGACCUCAAUGGCCGGCCUGACCUCUAUGCCUGGUAUGAUGAACAUGGCUUCCAUGGCUUCUAUAGCCUCCAUGGCGAAUAUGUCACCGAUAACUAGCAUGGCAUCCAUGAGCAAUUAUAACGCCUCCAAUAUGGCGAAUCUAAAUAUGCUCAACAGUCUCGGGAUGGCCUCCGGGUUACCAACUCAUCUCGAUCCAGCGGCUCUUGCCAAAGAGGUCGCCCAGAAAAACUACGCCAAAGCCAUCAAGCUUUCACAGGCCUCCCAGUCUUACGGCAUUGGUCAGCUCGCCGCGCUUAAUUACACCGGCGUCGCUCUGAAUAAACAAAACCUCGUGAAUCCGGCGGCCGCCGGGAAUCCCGCGGGAAUGGCGGCAGCCAGUCUGCAAGCCACCACGGCGACUCCCAGACCCGUCAUCCAGAGUCUGGCCGGUAUCCCGGGCGCCCUGACCUCACCGCUGUCCGCGGGUAUCUUGGCAUACUCCAGACCGCCGCCCUCAGCUACUCCCAUCAAUCCAUAUUCCCUGAUCAGGCAGCAGAUCUUGCCGAACCCAUAUGUCCAAGCGUCAAUACCCGGCGCCGCGACCAAUCCCUAUGUCCAGAAUCCGUAUGCCGUUCUACCUGGAGUAGCCGGCGUACCCGGGGUAGCGGCCGGUGUCGCGGCCGCGGCUGCGGCUGCCGGUGUACCGCAAAUACCGCAACUAGGCAAUCCGGCGACGAUAGCGGCACAGCCGCAGGUAGCAAUCCCCGUGAGCUCCGGAAUGAUUAUGCAACCAUACAAGAAGAUGAAGACGUCGUAAAGACGUCCUUGCCUACCGGCUCGGGAGGACUCGUCUCUUCUCAUCGACAGUGCCGUUUCUUCCUUCAGGCACCUUCCAUUCUCUCCCUCGCGGGAACGAGCGAACGAUUGCGCGAUAGUCGCUAUGAAUAAUCGCCGCUACCAAUCGCGGUAGUGGUUUUAAAUAAUUCUAGAGUAUCUUUAUGAUUAGCGUUCAAUUGCAGAGACGAAUGAUGGAUCGUAACAAUUAUUACGUCCCAAAUAGGCUUUCGCAAUUGUAUUUUCGUAGUUUCGUAGUUACAGUCUCAAUAAGAUUGAUGAAAACGACUAAUCGCGUUUAGAAGUAAUAGAGCGUUUAUUGAAAUGAGAAACUUUUUAAGAUUAAUGAAAUACAUUAAAUCUAUAAGGUUCAACUAAAUGAAUAUUUGAUACAUUAGUUUACAAUAACAAUGGGAGAAUUAGUCCUAGGAUGUUAUACUUUUCGGCUUAAAUUACAUAAUGGAGAUUAGUGAAUUUCUUGUCAUACGUUGUUAUUUGAUUUUUCUAUAUUUGCUGAUAAAAGUAUUUUAAAGAGAGAGAAAGCGAAAGAGAGAAUAUAUAUAUAUGUAUGAUAUAUACGUUCUUUACACCAUAUACAAAAUAUCGAAUUGCAAUUUAUUAGCUUUAAUUUUAUUUGAUGUUAAAAAAAUCACAUAUUUAAAUUCUUCGACUACGUCGACUACAUCGAUGGAAAAAUGUAGAAAGACAAAAAAGUGCAGUCCUAAGAUAUUAAUCUCCAUCGCCGAUGCUCAAGAAGCGGGAAAUCGGUCUUCGUUCGCGAGAGGGACGGAAUAUUCGGUUGAGCGAUAGCGAGACGAGAAAUAUACUGAUAUAAAGAAACAAGUUCCGAAAAUAGAUUCAUUUUCUAGUCAGUCAUUGUCGAUGAACAGUGCCUUAUUGACCCAAUUCCAUUUGGAACGUUAUAAGCGUACGACUGCAGAAGAGAAACAGUGGACGAUGCGAAGAAAUACGGGAUUUUUCCCCGUCAUGUUACAUUGCUUGCUUAGAUGACUGAGGGAGACGUGACUACCGUUCCGAUCUUGUUUCUGUCGAAAUAAACCUGAAUUUAAUUUCGACUGAAAAUUUCGACUUGCCGGUAAAGACUGCGUUCGAUGGAAGGCGAGAAAAAGAGAAAGCUUACGAAAAAUUGAGAGCGCGUGGCCGAAGUCACGGAUUACAUUAAUCUAUUUUAUUAUUUGAUUUUUUUUUUUUCUAGAAUAAUAGCGAUUUGCGAUCUACUUUAUAGUGAUAGUUUUUAACUUUGUCAAUGCGUUAGCGUUGUUUUAUUACAGAGAACUAUUGAAAAUGUUACGUGUCGUUACGUGGCUCCGUUUUGUUCUUUCGAUAAGUGAAAAAUUGUAAAUAAGUCAAUUUGCGCCAUAAGAAUAUGGCGCGUUGCAAUAUUUUUAUUUCGGAAUUACAUAAAUUUUUGUGUUAUAGCCAUUCGUCCAAAUUUUAACGUAUAACGUCCGGAACAAGGAAGAUGAAAACGAUACUCGGCCUAUGUCACGUUAUGUGCGAUACUUGCCUUUAAGUCCAUAGUGUUAAUUAGCGUUCGCGAUUAGGAUUCUUGAAAUAAUUAUUGUCUGAAGAUUAGAUUGUUUUAUUACCACAGUUUGCUUGUUUAUAUAUUGUAGUGAUAUGUUCAAAAUUUUAUUUUAUUUGUUCCUUUUUGGAAGCAAGUUAAAUAAUGUUAGAUUAAAAGAAUUGCGCAAAUUACAUUUAACAUUUUAGUAUCAUGUGCAUUCAAAAAACUGUUUUCUUCGUUAUCACAUGAUGCAUUUGGAUCAUACGAGGCUCGAUGCGUGAUAUUUGUUAAUUUUAAAGAAAAUUGUUUUAAAAUUUUUAUUAAUUUAACUUGUCUUUUUUUGGUUUAGAUAUAAGAAUAUAUAUUAUGUCUAUAUACGGCGACAUAUAUUUCCUAAAGACACCUUGCACAUCGACGAUAAAUUUAAUUGGAAGAUACGACGCUUCCGGUAGGCCCUUAGUUGUCAUGUAAUAUGCGUAGAAUUUAAGAUAGUCAUUUGUUUUUAUACUUAGCAUAUGUCUAUUAUCUGUAGCGUAAGCGUGCUCGAACACAACGUAUUCUUCUGUCCUGAUGGAUUCAAUUCGGGGGAGUCUGUUGCACACAGUGAACUUCGUCAAUUGCGACCUACGAGCUUAUGCAUUUUAGCCGAAUGAGAGAGAAGUAUGGAAAA